GGGAAAAUUGAAACCCAUUUUGUCCCUAUCCUCAAGAAUCACUGAAAUCCAUUAAAAAAUACCAUAGACAGUUUUUAUAAAUUAUUGUUACGGACGCCGCCAUGUUGUUUACGCUGCAAUGCAUUCUGGGUGUAGGACGUAUGCUUGGUGUUAGGGAGGCUAGCUCUGUUGAGCCCGAGUGAGUUAAAAUAAAAUAAAACGGAGAAAUGAAGAUGCGGGAGGAAAAAAAAAAUCAUAUCUGUAGAGUGGCGGAAACAGGCUUCUAUAGAAACGGGCUUCCAUAGUAAUCAAUGCAAGUUUAUUUUUUCAUUUUUUGUGAAUUUAAUUAUUUUCCACUCUUUGGCUCCGUCUCUUUCAAGAGUUUCUAUUUUUUCCCCUCUUUUGUGGCUCCGCCUCCUCCAGCAUGUCUGACGUGGCUCCGCCCCCUGUAUUUUUUUGGCUCCGCCCCCUGCAGGUGUAUUCUCUCCCCAUGGUCCCAGCCUCAGUCUCACCUGUCGGCCUGCAGCCAUGCUGGAUGAGGCAGUCGGACUGGGCGCUGUGACCGUAUUGGGAGUUCUGGAGCAAGCUUAUUUUUCCCUGCAGGUCAUUUAUGCCAGGAGGAAGUAUUCGGUGUCUCCGCCCUGCAUCAGCGGGCCGCCGGAGUUCGAGCGGAUCUUCAGAGCCCAAGCGAAUUGUUCAGAGUACUUCCCCAUUUUCAUCACAAUCCUGUGGACGUCCGGAGUGUUCUUCAGCCAAGGCCUGUCCAGCCUCUGCGGUCUGCUCUACCUUUAUGGACGGCUGUGUUACUUCUGGGGCUACGCCGAGUCGGCUCAGGGACGUUUGGCUCCGCUGUACUUCAGCGCUCGGGUUCUCUGGGUUCUGAUCGGGUUCUCGGCUGUCGGCGUCUUCCUGUCGUUCUGCCGGGUUUACAUGGAGUUGGACCUGCUGCAGGCGCUUGGCCACGCCCUGUUCUGACCCGGAGAGGACGAGGUUCUGCUGUGCAUUUCUGUUCUGGUUCGGAAAGCGUUUCCCAACUGCUGUGAAAAUAAAACCGGGUCAUUAAACAGAACCGCGCUGUUUCUUC